CACGAUCAACACACAUGUUUUUCGUCGUUGACCCAGCAAGGAACGUUUCUUCGCUAAUUUCGCGUUUAAUCCGUAAAUUUGUUCAAAUUUAGUGUAAAAAAAGAGAUUCCAACCCACGCCCACGAUGUCCAGCUCGGAGAGUGAAGCGGAAAACCUGAGCGACAUGGAGCAGGAAGACCGCGCGAACGCGUACACCGAGUCCGACGAUGAAGUGUCCAAAAACGGCGACGACGACGAUUCCGGCGCUGGGGCGGAGGAGGACUCGGAGAAGACGGUCAGCUGGGAGGAGAUGGGUCUGAUCGAUACGCUGUGCGAGGCCUGCAAGGCGUUGAAGUGGAAGGCCCCUUCGAAGAUUCAGCGCGAGGCGAUUCCGUUGGCGUUGCAAGGAAAGGAUGUGAUUGGGUUGGCGGAGACCGGAUCUGGGAAAACGGGUGCGUUUGCGCUACCGAUUUUGCAGGCGCUGCUGGAGAACCCGCAGCGUUACUUUGCGGUUAUUUUGACGCCGACGCGCGAGUUGGCGUACCAGAUAUCGGAGCAGUUUGAGGCACUUGGGGCGUCGAUCGGAGUCAAGUGUUGCGUUAUUGUGGGUGGGAUGGACAUGGUGUCGCAGGCGCUGCAGUUGGCGCGGAAGCCGCACAUUAUAAUUGCGACGCCGGGCCGGUUGGUGGAUCAUUUGGAGAACACGAAGGGGUUUAACUUGAAGGCGGUUAAAUAUUUGGUAAUGGACGAAGCUGAUCGUAUUUUGAAUUUGGACUUUGAGGUUGAGCUGGACAAGAUUUUGAAGGUUUUGCCGAGGGAGCGUCGGACGUUUUUGUUCAGUGCGACGAUGACCAAGAAGGUGAAGAAGCUGGAACGAGCUUCGUUGAAGGACCCGGUUAAGGUUGAAGUGUCCAGCAAGUAUCAAACGGUGGAGAAACUGCUUCAAUAUUACGUGUUUAUUCCGGCAAAGUUUAAGGACGUGUACUUGGUGCACAUUCUGAACGAGCUGGCUGGCAACAGCUUCAUGAUUUUCUGCAGCACCUGCAACAAUACCGUCCGGACAGCUCUGAUGUUGCGCGCCCUCGGGCUGGCUGCCGUCCCGCUGCACGGUCAAAUGUCUCAGAACAAGCGUCUCGCUUCGCUGAACAAGUUCAAGGGGAAGGACCGCCAAAUCCUCAUCUCGACGGACGUCGCGUCCCGUGGGUUGGACAUUCCGCACGUGGACGUGGUGCUGAACUUUGACAUCCCAACGCACAGCAAGGAUUACAUCCAUCGCGUGGGUCGAACGGCACGUGCUGGGAGGGCCGGCAAGGCGGUCACGUUCGUGACGCAGUACGACGUCGAGUUGUACCAACGGAUCGAGCACCUGCUGGGGAAGAAGCUGCCGGAGUUCAAGUGCGAAGAGGACGAAGUUAUGGCGCUGCAGGAACGGGUUGGCGAGGCCCAGCGGACGGCGCGGCUCGAGCUGAAGGACAUCGAGGAGCGCAAGGGAAUGAAGAGGAAGGGACGGGGCAAGGGCGGAGACUCGGACGAUGACGAUACGGAGCAGUUUAACGGGGCGAGGAAGCGGAUUAAGAAGAACGGCGCUGGUGGUGGUGGUAAGGGGAAGGGCAAGUUUAAAAAGUAGAGGAAUUAUGGAUUAAUAUAAACGAAAAGUUUGUUGCCAAUA